UUCCGAUACAAUUCGGAUCUCGGCUCUCGGAUUUCGGCGGUCUAAAUCCGUUCAAUUCUUUGAGUACCUAGGUACCUACGAGCAAUUACACCUAUCCUUGGAGCAGAGGUAAAGAUCCCUUGAUAGAAGAUCGAGGUCCAGGAAGAAAGAACAGAGACAUCAAAACCCGCGACAAUUAUAGGUGUCCAUCAGCGGCAGCGGCCACGAGAGUGUUAUCGGCUACGGACUUCCGCUUCCGUCUCGAGGAUAUCUAACCUAGUAGGCUCAUCAUGGAUAGGCGUGGGCCGGGUCACUCGGCCCCAUAUGGCCAGGCCUGCAUGCAUUGUUUUAAGUCUAAAUGCAAAUGUGUCUCUCGUCCUGAUGGCGACGGCUGUGAGAGAUGCCACCGCCUUAAUAAGCAAUGCCGCCCUUCGGAUUCGCUCCGUAAACGAAAUGCACAGAAGAACCAAAACUCCACGGCUAGAAUUGCGCAACUAGAAGGAAGGCUUGAGAGCCUUGUAUCACUGUUACAAUCCGUUACCAAGUCACCCGAUUCUUCCGAUGCCUUACGCAAAAUCCUUGACGAAAGCUUAGCAAGUGAUGUGCAACCAGACAACGAGCCCGAACCUCAAACUACCACUCCGAUUUCGUCCACGAGUAAUAUCUCUAAGGGUACUUCUGCGAUUGAUGCUGAUGAUGGCGGGGUUACCUCACCGCUAGCGAGAUCGCAUUAUCUAAGGGUCAAUGGCUUAUUGAAUGCUGAACCAACUUACGAGCUAUCAAUUGAAGAAGCCGAUAAGAAUUUCCGGUUCUUCCGUUCCCAUAUGCUGAAAGAUUUGGCCUUUAUCCAUAUUCCUCUCGAUGUUACUUCCGAGCAGCUACGCCAAACCCGACCUUUCCUAUUCCAGGCCAUCGUCACGGUCGCUUCGCCUAUGGCUUACCAGAAGAUGGCGCGGGGUAAGGAGCUAAAGCGUGUUUUGGCCCAGAGCGCCUUCGUCGAUAAUCGGUCAAGCCUAGACUUGCUCCUUGGGGUGCUCACAUACGUAGCGUGGGGUUGGGACCCGUUCCUAACGAAAUCGAGUACACUUUCUCGCCUUAUGAUGUUGGCUAUGUCGUUUGUGGGAAACUUGCGACUCAAUAAACCGCUACCACAGGAUGUACACAUGAUAGGGCCCCUCACCCCGGGUUUCAUAAAGCCUCAAAAAGAUGAAGUCGAAGAUCCAGAACAGCGCCAUCUCGAGAGGCAACGAGCUGUCCUUGGGUGCUUUAUUCUAAGUUCUAUUAUCUCGUCGUACUAUGCGCAGAUAGAUCCAAUGCGAUGGACGCCCCAGAUGGACGAGGCUCUAAAUGCCAUCAGUUCUAAUAAGGAAUGUCCAACCGACAAUAUGUUCGCAUUCCAAGUCCGCCUACAGCUAGUUGCACAAAAAGCAGCGCAUGUACGAGAACAGCAGGAGUCGAAUUACCCCCGCACAGCUACCGCAUCCCUUCCGGCCUUCGCCUAUGUCAAUGCGCUACAGGGACAGCUACAGGAUAUUCGGGGGAAGCUAUCCUCAAAGCUCGAACAAGAACGAACUCUUAUCGCGCAAAUCCAUUAUGUCAAUCUCUGCAUAAAUGAAUCAUUUCAUACGGCGAAUUCCGAUGCACCAGUCCUCACUACGCCUACGGCCGGCGGAACUUCUGGAUUCGAGCGUUUGGAAUGCCUAUGGGGGUCUGUAAAAGCGAUUAAGCUGUGGCUAGACUCUUUCUUUGCUGUAUCGCCCUCGGCGUUGCGAGGCAUCGCAUUUCCUUUCUGGGCGCAAAUGGCGCGGUGUUUGGUAGUACUUUGUCGGUUGUCUACGCUCGAAGACCCGGCCUGGGAUCGUAAGGCUGUACGCGAAACAGUAGACCUGCUUGCGGCGCUCGACCGCAUAGCUGAGAGAGCGGAGCUAGCUAGUCGUGAAGCUAGCGAACCGCCUGGGGAUGACCUAUUUAUGCAGGUUUCGAGGCUGAUGAAGAUGUUUAGAGCGUGGGCUGCCGCCAAGAUGGCUCCAGCGGAAACAGGAGAGGAACCAGGUUGGACAUAUGGCGAUGCGGCGACGAAUGCGGAAGGAAACAUUAUGGAUUUCGAUCCGAAUCAGAUGAUGCAAUUCAUGGACCUUGGGGCUGACACAUGGUGGGAAGAAUUCUCUGCCGGCUUUAGGUAACCCAAUACGGGUUCCAAUGGCACCGUGUAAUACUAUAUUUGUAUCAUCCACGUAAAUGUGUCGCUUGUAUUCUAGUGGCUAGCCUUAAUUAUAUCUGCUGCUUUCUUAGUUAUUGUAUAAACUAAAGACAUGAUAUUACCUCGUGGGAUCAAUGGGAAGAUGCUGGCAUUAACCACAUGAAGAUUUUCUGUUCU